AUGUUCCAAAUUUCCAGCAGAGAGCCUAUCGAUGGUACACUCAUCGGAAAUCAUGUGGUUGUGGAUGAUUUAACACUCUACAGAUUUGAUUACUUUGGAAAGGGAGAAAUGUCGAGAUCCACACCAUGCUUUGCAAAUUGGUUUGAUGCCAACACAGCCUCUACAAGUACCAAUCAUCUUAACCAUUCGGAGGUGACUUCAACACUUCCUCCCAACAAUAUGGAAAAAUUAAUUCUUUCACUUCAAGAAGCCUUUUAUUUAUAUUUUGCACUGGGAUGUUUGCGGAUACGAGAACCGAGUUCUUCAUCUCUCGGUAUGCCAUUUAUCACUAUUUUAGAUCAAGAGGUUGGAUCACUAGAAGUGGAGCAAAAUACGGUUGUGAUUAUGUACUUUAUAGAAAAGGACCCCACCAAGAACAUGCGAAAUAUGGUGUAA